AUGCCCUCCUUUAACUUUCAUCCCGGAUUUGCUGGUCAUGGCAUUCGAUGCAAUCCAUGGAACCCAACGCAGUUCGUCCUCACUGCAGCCGAACACUUUGGUGUGGCAGGGUCAGGCAAGGUAUACAUUGUGAAUGUGGCACCAGGGGUGCCACCGGGGUCCCCGGUCUCCCUUUUUGGAUGUUGGGGAACGAGCGACGGGGCGUUUGAUGCCUGUUUCAGCGAAGUGGAUCAAAAUGUUAUGGCCGUGGCCUGCGGUGAUGGGGUGAAGCUAUACAAUGUGGCUGAGUCUGUGAACCGGGAUGGUGCUCCACCCUUAGCGCAUAUCGCAGAGCACCAAGCAGAGGUGGCGGGAGUGACCUGGAACCGUGACAGCUUCUUCUCCUGCAGCUGGGAUGGCUCCGUGAAGUUGUACCAGGCGGCCAACCCGACUGUGUCGGCCAUGACCUUUCACGAACACGUGAAGGAAGUGUAUGAAGUUUCUUGUUCCACACGCAACCCCGCAUCGUUUUUGUCGGCCUCUGGGGACGGCACAUGGAAGUUGUGGGACACGCGUGCACCGCGCUCUGUUCUGACGCAGGCUGGGCACAAUUACCAGAUUGUUCUCAGCAUUGAC